AUGGCAUUCAGCCAUGACAACCGUGUGAGGUUCAACGACGUAGACAGAUCAUUAGCCUCAGAGUAUGGUGGUGAAAGAAAAGCAAGACCUUCUUUAGAAAGAGUUUUAAAAAAUGUAAAGCUGGGAUUUGAGAAAGGUUCAGGAAAAAUCAAAAUUUUCAAGAAGCCAUUAAGUUUCCGUUCACAUAGUAAAGAUCCUCAUGUCCAGAAGGAAACAUCAAGUAUCACAAAGAAGAACAUCAUAAACCCACAGGGUUUGUUUCUACAGAACUGGAACAAAAUAUUCCUUUUUGCUUGUGUGGUUGCUCUGGCGAUUGAUCCUCUGUUUUUCUACAUUCCCAUCGUCGAUGGCGUGAGGCAUUGUCUUACUCUGGACUCGAAACUGGAGAUAGUCGCGAGUUUGUUUCGUACGCUCAUCGAUGCCUUUUACAUAGUUCACAUUGUGUUUCAGUUUCGGACAGCUUACAUCUCUCCUUCUUCCCGUGUUUUCGGAAGAGGUGAAUUGGUGGAUGAUGGUAAAUCAAUAGCCAUCAAGUACCUCUCUUCUUACUUCAUCAUUGAUUUAUGUUCCAUCCUUCCUCUCCCACAGAUAGUAGUCUUAGCUGUUAUUCCCAACGUGGACAAGCCAGUUUCAUUGCUGACAAAGGACUACCUUAAAUUUGUCGUAAUUGCUCAAUAUGUUCCUCGGAUUCUUCGUAUGUAUCCGCUUUACACCGAAGUGACGAGAACAUCUGGCAUUGUUACUGAAACUGCAUGGGCUGGAGCUGCUUGGAACCUCUCUCUAUAUAUGUUAGCCAGUCAUGUGUUUGGAGCUUUGUGGUACUUAAUCUCAGUAGAACGAGAAGACAGAUGCUGGCAAGAGGCGUGCGAGAGACAUGACGGCUGUAAGAUUAGACUCCUCUACUGUGAUGAAAAUCACAAUGUUAGAAACGAUUUCCUGACCACUUCUUGCCCGUUUCUCGACCCCGGGGAUAUCAAUAACUCAACGGUCUUCAACUUUGGCAUCUUCACUGAUGCUCUAAAGAGUGGUGUUGUUCAAUCGCAUGAUUUCUGGAAGAAAUUCUUCUACUGCUUUUGGUGGGGUCUGCGAAAUCUAAGUGCCUUGGGACAAAAUCUCCAAACUAGCAAAUUCGUCGGUGAAAUCAUCUUUGCUAUAUCAAUUUGCAUUUCAGGACUAGUCUUAUUUGCGCUACUUAUCGGCAAUAUGCAGAAAUACUUGGAAUCAACAACAGUCCGAGAGGAGGAAAUGAGGGUGAGGAAGAGAGAUGCAGAGCAAUGGAUGUCUCAUAGGAUGUUACCAGAAGAUCUAAGGAAACGUAUCAGAAGAUAUGAACAGUAUAGAUGGCAAGAGACAAGAGGAGUCGAAGAAGAAACCCUUCUUCGUAACCUCCCUAAAGACCUCAGAAGAGACAUUAAACGCCAUCUCUGCCUUGAACUUCUCAAGAAAGUACCUAUGUUUGAGAUAAUGGAUGAGCAGUUACUUGACGCUGUUUGCGAUAGGCUAAGACCGGUUCUCUACACAGAGAACAGCUACGUGAUCCGUGAAGGAGAUCCUGUUGCGGAAAUGCUGUUUGUGAUGAGAGGAAGGCUUAUAAGUGCCACCACCAAUGGAGGACGAACUGGCUUCUUCAAUGCCGUGUACCUUAAGGCAAGUGAUUUCUGUGGCGAAGAUCUUCUCACGUGGGCAUUAGAUCCUCAGUCUUCGUCUCACUUUCCCAUAUCCACGAGAACUGUUCAAGCUCUCACGGAAGUUGAAGCCUUUGCUCUUGCAGCAGAGGAUCUCAAGUCCGUCGCUUCACAAUUCAGACGCCUCCAUAGCAAGCAGCUCCAACAUACUUUCAGGUUUUAUUCGGUGCAAUGGAGAACAUGGGGAGCGUCGUUUAUACAAGCGGCGUGGCGGAGACACUGUCGGAGGAAGUUAGCCAAGUCGUUAAGGGAUGAAGAAGACCGUCUCCGAGACGCGCUCGCUAGUCAAGACAGAGAACGCGAACGCAAACGCGAUGCUGAAGCCGCCUCAUCGUCCUUGAGCCUUGGAGCCACAAUAUACGCGUCGCGUUUCGCGUCAAACGCGCUCCACAAUUUGAGGCACAAUAUCUCAAACCUCCCUCCUCGUUACACUCUUCCUCUGCUACCUAAGAAACCAACCGAGCCUGAUUUCACCGCCAACGAUUCAAUUGAUCCUUAG